AUGGACCUCUCUUUACCCGAUGGGUUGCCUCUAGAAGCUAAAUCCAAACUUCGGGUACUGAUACAAGAGUUCGAAGACGGUGAUCUGACGGCAAAAGGAUACUAUAAAAAAAGACAUGAAAUACUGGACCAGAAUGCAUUAUCCAUGUCGCCGCUGGCGUCUGCAAGAUCUACAACGCAUGGAAAUUUUGGCCACACUCGAAAUACUAGCGUGGCGUCCACAAUCCGGUCACACAUUUCGCGGGGGACCCAAAAAAAGGACAACUACGUCAUCGAUUCUUCACCAACAAUAAACUCGCGGCAACCUUCAACUUCGAUGUACAGGGUCACGACGCGAAACUCAAGUCUCCUGAACAGUGCGGGCGGCUCCUUCAAGUCCCCUGAACCAGCCGCCGAAAAUGGUGCUGCAGGAACCAUCUAUAAGCCGAUGAUUCCUUUACUGCCGCGAACGGAUAGUGCGCCCAUCUCGGACUCUUUGCCGUCCAUUCUCCGAGCACGCUCUCAAAUCUACGAGCGUGAGACUGCCUUCAUGUGCAUAAAUCACAAAAACAAGGAAACGAGCAUAUCCUGGGACAGACUGUACCUUCGAGCAGAACGUGUUGCACACGAGAUCGAGAAACUUAGGCUCUAUAAAAUGGCCAAGGUGCUUUUAUGGUUCAACAAGGACGAUCUUGUCGAAUUUGCAGUCGCUAUGAUGGGGUGCUGCAUAGCGGGCAUGGUGGCUGUUCCCGUGUCACUACAAACAUACUCCUUGGGAGAAAUCAUCCAGAUCGUGAAUUUAACGAGCGCAACGGUGGCACUCAUUUCGGGUAAUGCUCUGAAACAAAUAGACAGUCUGGAAUAUCGUGAUAACGCCAAGGUCAAGUUAACAAAGGAGGGUGUUCUCUCUCAAAUGACAUAUGUUGUUACUGAGGACCUAGGGGUAUAUUCCAAGGCUAAGAAAAAUAAACCCACGUUUGAUAUCCCUAGUGUCUCCUAUAUCGAGUUCACCAGAACCCCACUUGGUCGUCUUUCUGGUGUGGUGAUAAAACACAAAAUCCUUUCCAAGCAACUAGAAACGCUAGCAAACAUCUUGAACUCACGAAGAGAGACACAUGGGAAUACUGGAGAUAUCCGACGGUCCUACAAAAACAAAAGAACUUCUUCCAGGUAUACUAUUUUGAGUUCAUUGGAUCCGACAAGGUCAACUGGAUUGAUUUUCGGCGUUCUGUUCAAUAUCUAUACAGGCAAUUUGUUAAUGACCAUUGACGACAGCUUACUUCAACAGCCCGGCUUGUAUGAAAAUAUCAUCAACAAGCAUCGUGUUAGCGUCUUGCUGAAUGAUCAGCUGCAGUUGAAACAGGUUGUUAUCAAUUACUUGGAAAAUCCUACGCUGGUAACUUCCAAGAAAAACAAGAUUGACAUGGGUUGCGUUAAAUGGUGCCUUACUUCUUGCACGAAUAUUGACACUGAAGUCACUGACAUGAUUGUUCACAAGUGGCUAAAAAAUUUGGGAUGUUUGGACGCUUCGCGGUGCUAUUCUCCGAUGUUGACACUUCUUGAUUUCGGCGGUGUCUUUAUCUCUUUGAAGGAUCAGUUGGGCCAUCUAGAGAAUUUCCCUGUACACGACUCAAAACUUGUACUACAGGAUGAGUUAUUUAUUGAUAAAGAGCAACUAAAGGAGAACAUCGUGAAGCCAAGCAUAACCGCAAUGAUCAAUUCCUCAAGUUCCACCAAAGACUUUCUUCGAUUGUCAUGUUUCGGAUUCCCUAUUCCUGAUGCCACGGUGUGCAUUGUAAAUCCUGAUGACAGCACACUUGUUCCUGAUCUGACAAUCGGAGAACUUUGGAUUUCCUCUUCGAGUAUCACGGACGAGUUCUACCAGAUGGACAAAAUCAAUGAGUUCGUUUUCAACGCUCGGUUGAAUUUCAAAAAAAUGCUUGAAAUUUUGCAAUGGACGGCGCUGGACGCCCAAGGUGACGCAUCGAAGUCUUUUGAGCGGCUGGAUAUGAUAAAAGAAAUUUGCAGUCCGGAGAAAUCAUACAUCAGGACAAAGUUAAUGGGGUUCAUUCAUAAUGGUAAGAUAUUCAUUUUGUCCUUGAUAGAGGACAUGUUCUUGCAAAACAAACUUGUAAGAUUGCCCAAUUGGUCACAUACAUCCGAUGUCACCAAGGCUAAAAAGCCGGAAUCAUCUGGAGGUGAGCAAACUCCUACCAAAAACGAUUCACUCACAUCAAGAAGAGUUGUCCAGACUUUUUACCUCCAGCAUAUCACAGAAAAUGUUGUGAGAAUGGUGGACAAAGCAACAGAAGUCUCAGUUUUCGAGCUUCCUCAGAAUAAGGAGGAGCACUUUUUGGUGAUGGCUGUCGAGUGCCCAUUGGCCUCUAAUGCUGCUACAGGCGCUAUAGCUUUAACUGCGCAACAAAAGGAGCAGCGUGAGAAGAAGAUGGCGACCGUGGUAGAGCAGAUUUACAAGAUUUUGUGGAUAUUUCAUAGAAUACAGCCCAUUUGCGUCAUGCUGGUAUCACCUCGCUCUCUACCACGAAGAUAUUGCUCACUCGAGAUCGCUAAUAGCACGGUUGAGAAGAAGUUUUUGAGCGGUCUUUUGAGUUCAAAGUUUGUCAAGUUUCAGCUCGAUAAUGUCAUCUUAGACUUCAUUCCGCACUCAAGCUUUGUCAAUGAAAGCAUUUUCUCGGAGCAUUUAUCAUCUCUGCGACACGAAGCAAUGUCUCAAGAGGCGUUUGCUGCAACGGGAUCUCCGCCACAGUUAACCUGGCAAACAUCGGGUAUUGAUUAUCGCGAAAAAGCAUUAGAUUACAGAAGCAACACGGACUUAGCUCCGUUUCCCAACAUCUUGGAAAUUCUGGAAUGGCGAUCACGCAAAAAUGGAGAUGAGUUUGCUUUUAAUGAUGGAAUUUCUGGUACCUCAGCCUCCACUGGAAAUCCCAACAAUUUACACAGCAAAGUUUCCUGGAAGACUUUCUUGUCAAUCGUGGGUAGUUUCGUCAAAAAGAUUGUGCAAUCGAAGAACCCUUUGAAAAAUGGCGACCAUGUCAUUGUCAUGUGUGACAACUCUGUCGAGUAUGUUGCAAUUGUGUUGGCGUGCUUCUACUCAAAUCUGAUCGUCAUCCCGAUUGCGCGAUUGAUCGAGUCGCACGCUGAAGAAGAAGUGGAUUUCCUUUUAAGCACUGUGGUAAAUUAUAAAGUGAAAAGAAUCUUUGUUGAUGCCAAGAUGCAAGCCGUGCUUGAAGACGGUGUGAGCAUCAGCAAGAUUUUGAGACGUUACAAACAUCUUCUGCCGAAGAUUACAACUUUCUCAAAAAUCAAAAGAAAAGGGGACACGUCCUCUUCGGGACUCAAGACUUUGCUCAAGGGACGAGGAAGCUCCAACCAAGAUUCUUCUGGUGCUUGUGUUAUAUGGAUAGAUCGUGAAAGAGAUAUCGACCGAGAGCUAAACGUGGUCAUGACACACAAGGUGUUACUGAACAUGUGUAAAAUUUCGAAGGAAACACUGCAAUUGACCAGUGACAACCCCGUGAUUUCAGUGUAUACCCAUACAUCUGGAUUAGGGUUCAUUCAAAGCUGUCUUCUCGGGAUUUACGUUGGCGCGACAACUUCUUUCUUUAACUUCGAUGAUGUUUUGAGUGAUGCGACAAACUUGUUGGUUGCGCUGCAAAACAGAAAUGUGAAAGAUUUGCUAGUGAGUGCUGAAAUGUUCUGUGUCAUAAUGGAUAGGGCUAAUUCUUCAAUCCAAAAAAGCCAUGGGAACAACUCGGCCUCGGGGAAGAAAGACUCUAGAUCCGCCAAGUCAUCUGUACGCCCAGAUUUCUUGCAAAAAGUUCAAAAUAUCAUGAUACCUUCGAAAGGUAGACCUAGUUUACUUGCCAUUCAAAAUUCGUUAGCUCGAUACCCUUUUGUCAGUGUGAACCCUGCUCAGUUGAACCACCUGUACCAACAUCUGUUCAAUCCGUUGAUCUCAUUGCGCUCUUACUUAGGUAUACCGCCAGUUGACGUGUACCUGGACCUAGUUUCUCUUCGUGAGGGUGUGAUUAAAGAAGUGGAUGCCAGCUUUCUAUCCAUGAAAGACUCAGGGCAAUAUUUGCAUUUACAAGAUUCAGGUGUCGUCCCGGUUUGCACUGACGUCUUGGUGGUGAAUCCCGAGACGCUCCAGCCGUGCUUUGAACAUGAAAUUGGCGAGCUUUGGUCCUGUUCGGAGGGAAAUGUUUACGACUACAACAUCAAUCCUGUGGUCGCUGCCGAAAAACGAUUGGUACAAUCGGGUGCCAGGACCAAUAAGAGUCAACUGGGUAAACUGCCGUUCAUCUCUGGCCAGUUCAAAUCCAAGCUGCGAGGUGAUGCCGACAAUGGUCUGUCCUACCUUAGAACCGGUGAUCUGGGUUUUAUGAAGAGCAUUAGAUGCACUGAUUCCAGAGACAAUGUUUUGAGUCUGACAGUGCUGUAUGUCUUGGGAAGCAUUAACGAAACUAUCGAAAUUCUAGGCCUUACCCAUUUCGUGACCGACCUUGAACAAGCUGUUAGAAACACCCACUCCGCCAUCCAAAACUGCAUGGUGGCCAAAGUAGGCGGUUUGCUAAGCUGUCUGAUCGAGUGUCGUGGCACCAAAUCUUACGAAUAUUCGAAUUUGACACCGCUCGUGGUCGCUGCGCUUCUGAGAGACAACGGUGUAGCGCUAGACCUGUGCUGCUUUCUCAAACCCCAGUCGCUGCGUUACAGCAUCAAAAGAUGGCAGAACAACCGAAUGACUAUUUUGUCCGACUGGCUACGAGGCAAGCUAAAAAUCGAAGCUCAAUUCGGUAUCAACUAUGGCGAAAACAAUUCGAUAUAUCUGUUGUCCGAUUUCGAGAAAGAUAGCUGA